UUUGUUGCAGGUUUGACUUGUUAAUUUAGAAUGAAAAGAAUGAAUGGUCUGACUUGAUCCUGAGGGCAAAUAUUGACUCUGGUUUGUAGUUAAGUGGACUUUGUGCUUGAGGUGACAGACCAACAUCACUGAAAAUGGAAAAAGAAGCAUCUGCUGAAGCUCGGAAAACCACCCAAGAAUCUAUAGUUAAAGAAGAGUGUCUCAUUCUAAAGUCAUGAAGGAUUGCUGUGGCUCAAUGGCUUCCUUCCAUUCACUGGCCACACCUGCUCUGUCAAUAGAUAAAGCAUUAGUAUGAUGUCCUUGGGGUCCUACAAUAAAGCCCUGACUUCUGUGGGUCACUGGACGAUUACAGAAAGAAAAUGGGUGAAGCUUGAGCAGACAACUUACAUUGACCCUGAAGGUCAAACAAGAGUAUGGGAAUCUGUGAAGCGUACUACCAGAAAAGAGGGAGUUUCUGCUGAUGGUGUUGCUGUUAUUCCGGUGUUGCAAAGAACUCUUCACUAUGACUGUGUUGUCCUAGUGAAGCAAUUUAGGCCUCCCAUGGGAAACUACUGCUUGGAAUUCCCUGCAGGUCUAAUUGAUAGCAAUGAAACCCCAGAAAGAGCUGCAUUACGUGAGCUGGAGGAAGAAACAGGAUACAAAGGGGAGAUCCUUGAAUGCUCUCCAGCUUUGUGCUUGGAUCCUGGAUUGACUAACUGUGCAUCACACAUUGCAACAGUCACCAUUAAUGGAGAUAUUCCUGCCAAUCUGAAGCCCAAACAAAAACCAGAGGAAGGAGAAUUUGUAGAAGUUGUUACACUACCAAAGAAUGAUUUAUUGCAGAGAAUUGAGGAGCUGGUGUCAGAGGAGCACAUGAUAGUCGAUGCAAAAGUAUAUGCUUAUGCCUUGGCACUGAGGCACGCAACAGAUCAGCCAUUCCAAGUGCCCUUUAUGAAAUUCUAAGACUGCUUAGUUGUUUGGAAGGAUGUUCCUGUAUUGAGCUAAGGCAGCAUUUCUUUCCUAUGAGAGUCAACAAACUGAAUGUAACAGUAAGCUUUUUCU